UGCGGCGAUUAAUGGCUGGCCGGUGGCAAAUAAAUAAAGCCCGAUUCCCCAGCAACUCCAACAGUUCCCAACAUGUCGCUAUAUCGCCCGGAAUUCUCCACAUCGGAGCAGUUGAGAAUCGACGCGGAAUUCUCUAGAUUGGCCAAGAACAAGAGUGUUUACCUGGAUCAUGCGGGCACCACUCUAUAUGCCGAGAACCAGGUGAAAGCCGCCGCGGAGCAACUGCAGCGGAAUGUCAUCUGCAAUCCGCACACCUGCCGCCUCACCGGCGACUUCGUGGACCAGGUGCGCUUCAAGGUUCUGGAAUUCUUCAACACCACCGCCGAGGAUUACCAUGUGAUCUUCACGGCGAAUGCGACAGCUGCUCUGUCCUUGGUGGCGGAUAACUUUGACUUUGGAUCCUCGGGAGACUUUCACUUCUGCCAGGAGAAUCACACCUCAGUGCUGGGGAUGCGCGAAAGGGUCCGGGCCAAUGGUAUAUACAUGCUGAAGGAGGCGGAAAUCUCUGCGGGAUUGGCCAACGGAAAGGGGAAAGUGCUUCAGGAGGAAUCCUCGAGAAGAACGGGCAACUCGCUGGUGACCUUUUCCGCCCAAUGCAACUUCAGUGGCUACAAAAUCCCACUGGAAGCCAUAGGAAGGAUCCAAACGGAUGGUCUGCCGCAGGCGGGCAAACGAAUUUGGGGUUCUGGGGAUGAGAAGAAGGAUACUACGCACAACGACUACUAUGUGUGUCUGGAUGCCGCCUGCUUUGUGGCCACCAGUCCCUUGGAUCUGCACAAAUACCAACCGGACUAUGUUUGUCUGAGUUUCUACAAGAUCUUUGGCUAUCCCACGGGUGUGGGAGCCCUCCUCGUGAGUCGUCGCGGAGCGGAGGCCUUCGGAAAGCGUCGCUUCUUUGGCGGCGGCACCAUCAACUAUGCCUAUCCGCAUGCCAUGGACCACCAGCUGCGGGAGUCCUUUCAGCAGCGCUACGAGGACGGCACCCUGCCCUUUCUGUCCAUUGUCGCCCUGCUCGAGGGAUUCCGCACGCUGGAGAGACUGGUGCCCAAGGCGGAGGGACUGGGCACCAUGGAGAGGAUCUCCAGGCACGUUUUUGGCCUGGCCCAGUAUUUGGAGGAGCAGCUGACUGAGCUCGAGCAUCCCAAUGGCGAGAAACUUAUCCAGCUGUACAACAAGGUGGGCUACCGGGACAAGAGCCGCCAGGGCGGCAUCGUGGCCUUCAAUGUGCGCACCGAAACGGGAUCCUUUGUGGGCUUUGGCGAGAUCGCCUGCGUGGCCGCUUUGCAUGGAAUCCUCCUGCGAACCGGCUGCUUUUGCAACAUUGGAGCCUGCCAAUAUUACCUCGGUCUCGAUGAGCAGGCCAUGGAUGCGAUUUACAAGCGAGCCGGUCGCAUCUGCGGCGAUUACUUUGACCUCAUCGACGGACAGCCGACGGGAGCGGUGCGCGUGUCCUUCGGCUACAUGACCACCCGGCAGGAUGUGGAUGAGCUGCUCAAGAUGCUGCGCUCCAGUUAUUUGGCCACCAAGCCGCAGCAACGCAUUCGGUUCAUCGAGGAGCAGGCGGAGCAACUGCCGCCGGUGCUGAAGAAGCGCGCCGAGCAGCUGAGGCCGAAACUCCUGCAGUUGGCCGUAUUUCCAGUGAAGUCCUGUGCUGCUUUUAAAGUGGAAUCUCUGGGCUCGUGGCCGCUGACGGAUCAGGGUCUUAAAUACGAUCGGGAGUGGAUGAUAGUGGACAUGAAUGGCAUGGCUUUGACCCAGAAGCGAUGUACGGAACUGUGCCUGAUUAGGCCAUCGAUUCGUUUGGACAUUGGCCAGUUGGAGCUGCAGUUUGGAGAGGAUGGGGCCACCAUAUCAGUGCCCCUUUCGCUGGAGGAUCAGGCGGCAGACUCGGCGAAAUGCGUCAGCAAGGUUUGCCGUCAGCCGGUGGAGGGUUUGGAUUGCGGCGACCAGGUGGCCCAGUGGCUGUGCCAAAAUCUCGGCCUCGAAGGCCUUCGUUUGCUGCGGCAGUCGGGCCAGCGUAACGCCUCCAAGGAUCAGCAGACGAAGCAGAAGCUGAGUCUGGUCAAUCAGGCGCAGUUCCUGCUGCUGAACAAGUCAUCGGUGCGAUCCCUCCAGUUCGAGGAGCCCUUGGACGAGACUGUGGAUCGUUUUCGGGCCAAUAUCAUCAUCGAUACGGGCUGUGCCUUCGAGGAGCUCGCCUACAAGGGCCUCACCAUCGGCGGCAUCCGUUUCCAGGUGGAGGGUCCCUGCCAGCGCUGCGAUAUGAUAUGCAUUAAUCAGAGGACCGGCGAACGAUCGCCGGAAACGCUGACCACCAUAUCGCGCCUGCAACAGGGUCGCAUGCGUUUCGGCAUCUAUAUCACCAGGAUCCCCGACGACCUGGAGGAUUCGGAGGCCAAGGAGCAGCACAUGACCUGCGGUGAUACUGUACUGGUGGAAUAAGCCGUUUCCCCUU